CCAAAAUCAAAUCCUGUCACCCAUAUCCGUGAUACCACUGAAACCCACCUCCCCAAGCAACCGAACAGAACUCUCAGCAUACCCAAGCUUGUUGCAAAUGGAAACACGGACCAUGAGCGGUCUCCUAAUGGGACUCAAGAAAGAACGCAGAACACUAAACAACCAACAAUUUGUGAACUUCCCCAUAACCCAAAUCUUUCAUGGCAGUAGUUGCUUCUUCUCCAACAAGUCCAAAUUUCUGGGUUCUCGAAACCCAGUAAGGGUUCUUGCUGGCAAUCGCGUCUUUUCCCUCUUUCUCCUCGCCUCCUUUCUCUGUAGCCUCAUGUUUGCCUCAAAGAGAAUCCAGAUCUAGGUUUUUACCUGUUGACAACCUAGAUCGAUUUGGGUUCGAAUCUUUGACGACGGCAUCGGAUUGAGUUGAUUCUUUAGGCGUUGGAAAGCUAAGAGGCAGAGCUACAAUUGAUGUUUUAUGAGCUCAACCCAGUUCCUUCUGUAUCAAUACAGAAUUGAAAUUGAAAGUGACGGUUUUGACAACACAGCUACUCAGCAGAAACCAGAGAAAAAGAGAGAGAGAGCCACACAGACGGAGGAGAGGGUUCUGUACAAGAGGAAAAGAACACCCAGCCGCCCACAUCCCAGAACCCACAUCUGUUUAUUACCAGCAGCAGAAGAGGACAGCCACACAGAGAGACGCGAGAGGAGAAGCCGCUCAGCCGCCCAGCCUUCUUGCCAUCCGCAUCUGUGGUUCACCAGCAGAAAGAAGAAGACACAGAACCGCACUAAUCUACUCUGCGAGUUGAGAACGCAAGACCCAAAUCCAAUUGCAGAAGAACCACGCUACCGCCCAGCCUUGCUUCCCGACCACAGAACACCAUUCGGCCAAUUGCAAUUCUUCAUAGGGUUUUGUUGUUUCUGAACUUUUUACUAUGAUUUUCUGUUGGGAUUUAUUAUUUUUCAUGGCUGUUGAGAAUAUAAACAUGUGUGGCUAGAUUUCUUUGAACUAGGGAUGGAUAGAUUUUAAUUUUUGAAGUAUGUGACUGUUUUUGUUAGUUUAAUUCAAGAUUUAUUGGUUAUUUGCAUGAUGAGUUUAUAUUAUUGAACUUAAUGCAUUGAGAGCUUGAUCACCUUUCAAUUGAUUUAGUGAUUUAUGCAUGAACUUGAGAAAGAAUUGUGUAGAUUAGACCAAUAAUAAUAUAAACCGUGUGCUA